GACGCAGAAUCGUAUACUCAUGUAUACGACGUCGGUGCGCGAGUAUGUACACGGUCUAUGCCGCAAUCAGAACGGAAAGGUAGAGGAUAGGGGGCCCCUUGCAGACCUCGGACAGGGCGCCAAGGAGCGGGGAGGAAGCGAACAGGAAGUAGGAGGGGGAGGAGGAGGAAGGGGAGGAGCAGGAGGAGCAGGAGGCCAGGAGCGAUGGCGAGUGUGGUGAAAUGGCAUGUUCCCCCUGCGAGUGGAGUUUCUGGGCUCGGGAGACGGUUGUCGAGCGAUUUCAGCUCGGUGGGCCGAGAAGCUCAGCUCAACUUUCUGAGCUGCAGAGGCUGCAAUCACCUUCUGCCGCGUGUGAGUGCUGCUGCCAAAGGAAAUGUGAGGCAAAAGCAGAACAGAAGCUCGAAUUCCUCGGAGCCCAAAAUUAAAUCUCCUGUAAUUGUAGCGCCGGGUCCUAUCUCUGCACCUUCCCUCACUGAAUUGUCAUCUGAAGAUGAAGUUCAGUCGGCUGUAGAUAGUUCAGUCAGUGCGCAAAAUUUGGAGUCCAGGAGAUUGUCAUCUUCUCAGUCCUCGAGCUCAGGGGGUGGUCCGUCAUGGAAUUUAACACCGCGCAGCGUUGGAAGAAGGGUACUACGGGAACUUUCGUCUCUGCAGCUCGCCAUCGGGGAACUCUUUGCUAUCGCUGGUCUUUCAGCUCUUGGUACAAUUAUUGAGCAGAAUGAAGCUCCUCAAUUUUACUUUGAGUCAUACCCCGAGGAUAAACCCCUGUUCGGUUUCCUCACAUGGCGGACAAUUUUGGACUUUGAUCUCAACCACAUUUACUCGUCAUGGUACUACCUUGGCUUACUGCUUCUUCUGGCUGCUUCAUUGAUGGCCUGCACUUCGACCCGUCAAUUACCGCUCGUCAAAGUUGCCCGCAGAUGGUCUUUCAUGAAAUCAACAAGCAGUUACAAAAAAUUGCAAAUAUCAGAUACUCUGGAGAAAGCCAAGCUUUCCGAUCUUGCCACGCUGCUCAUGGCUGAAGGAUUCGAGGUUUUUGCUAGAGGUCCUGCACUGUAUGCAUUCCGUGGCUUAGCAGGAAGGUAUGCGCCAAUUGGGGUGCAUUUAGCGCUGUUACUGAUCAUGGCUGGAGCAACACUUAGUGCUAUUGGCGGUUACCACGGUACUGUUAUGGUCCCUCAAGGCCUGAGCUUUCAGAUCGGAGAUGUCCUUCAGCCCAACGGGAUUCUCGCAACGCCAUCUCCAGUGAUGAAUCUGCAAAUACAUAUUGACAAGUUCUACAUCGACUAUCGACCUACUGGAGAGGUGUCACAAUUUCAUUCUGAUCUUUCGGUAGCAACCCGCAAGGAGCAAGUGUACAAGAAAAGCAUUGCGGUGAAUGACCCCCUUCGGUAUGAUGGGCUUACAAUGUACCAGACUGAUUGGGCAAUUUCCGCUGUCCAAGUUCGUAUUGACGGCUCAGAUCCAGUCAACCUGGUCAUGGCUGCGUUAGAGAAAGGUGACAAGAAGCUGUAUGGCACAUUUUUGCCUCUUGGAGAAGAAGGCUUGGCGAAGGCAAAGGGCAUCUCAAUUUUGGCUCGUGAUUUACAGUCCGUGGUAUUUUACGACCAGGAGGGCAAGUUUGUCGGGGUUCGACGGCCAGGCUCAGGUCGCCCUAUCGAAGUCGAUGGAACCAGUAUUGUUGUGGACGAUGUCAUAGGCAGCUCUGGUCUAGAGUUGAAGAUGGAUCCAGGGGUUCCUGUAGUCUAUGCGGGGUUCGGUAUAUUGAUGCUUACAACAUGCAUCAGCUACCUCUCUCACUCUCAGAUUUGGGCGCUUCAAGAAGGGACCAAUUUGGUGGUCGGAGGAAAGAGCAAUCGCGCAAAGGUGGAGUUCGAAAUCGAGCUGAACAAGAUUUUAGAUCUGGUUCCGGAACUUACCAACUUUGAAAAUGAGAAUGUGCUUGUGAGUGCUAGUAAUAGUGGUGUGACAAUAGCAAGAAGUCCAUCAGCGACGAACAAUUUCACUGAAAAAGCUGAGAAGCAACCAGUCGAUUGACCACAUUCUUUGUACAACACAUAAAUGUAUUUAAAGCUUAUUUAUUCCAGAUUACUUCUGGUCCGGAAGCAAGAGGGUGUGGAGGGUAAUGGCCGCUCCACAGAACCCAUGUAAUAUUAUGAAACCGACAAUUCUUCCUUUCUGUACUGGCGCAAACAGACGAAGAUCAGACGAAUAUAUCAAAUUCGUCUUCAUAGAAGCGGUCCUUAGAAUACAGCCUCAACCUGUUGUGAACAUCAUUCUUUUGUAACAUGCUGGGAAGUCCGUGUCCAGACCCUGGUUUGAUUGGGUGACUUUGACGUCAUGCAGAUGCUUUACUCGCAAUGCAUCCUGUCUCUUGAUGCUUGGCCCACUUUUGUCCCGAGUCAACAUCUGAUUCCUCUUGGAGUACUUUGACGUGCUCGUAUUACUCUGGUUUUUGACCUUUCGAUAAAAUGGAUUCGCCCUUGAAAUGAAUGUGGACGAAGUCACAGCCAUUCUAACGACGAUGAAUUAUCCUCAACUGUGUGAUGCUGAGGUCUGUGGAGUCUUCUGCAA